ACCAUUUUUUUUCCAGCUUAGCUAACGAGCAGCAGUAAAGAAGGUUCGCGAAAAGGCUGUCGAGCGAUUCAACAUGCCUCGCGUUUACAUAGGACGACUUGGCUACCACGUCCGCGAAAAGGACAUCCAGCGGUUUUUCGGCAGCUUUGGCAAGCUCUUGGAAGUCGAUUUAAAAAACGGAUACGGUUUCGUGGAGUUCGAAGACAACCGGGAUGCCGACGACGCCGUGUACGAGCUGAACGGGAAGGAUCUGUGCGGCGAGAGGGUGAUCGUCGAGCAUGCCCGCGGGCAUCGGCGGGACCGGGAUAGCUACAGUGGGGGCAGCUGGGGUGAUGGGCGCAGUAGCGGUUACGGCAGCCGGAGCCGCACAGGCAGAGACAAGUACGGGCCCCCGGUCCGCACCGAAUAUCGUCUGAUUGUGGAAAACCUGUCAAGCCGCUGCAGUUGGCAGGACCUCAAGGAUUUUAUGCGUCAGGCGGGCGAGGUCACUUACGCCGACGCCCACAAGGAGUGCGCCAACGAGGGAGUGAUCGAGUUCCGCAGCCAGUCGGAUCUGAAGCGCGCUAUUGACAAGUUGGACGGGACGGACAUUAAUGGGAGAAAGAUUCGCCUGGUGCCGGACCGGCCUCGCAGGCGCAGGUCCUAUUCUGGCAGCCGAUCCAGGUCUCGAAGCCGCCGUCGCUCCCGCAGCAGGAGCCGUAGGAGCAAGAGCUCCAGGAGUCGCUCCAGAUCCAAAUCUAGGUCCGGUUCGCGCAGCAACAAGAGAUCUGCGAGGAAGUCUCGCUCCAAGUCAGGCGAGAGCAAGUCGCGUUCUCGCAACCGCAAAUCCCAUUCGAGAUCGAAGUCCAAAUCCCGAUCCCCCGAGCGCAAAUCGAAGUCCCGCUCGAAGAGCCGCUCCAAAGUGAAGUCUGAGCGGGAUUCCCGUUCCCGAUCCAAGGAGAAGGUUGACGAGAAGUCCCGCAGUCGCUCGGCCUCCCCCGUAGAGAAUGGUAACGACGACCGCGAGCCCAAAUCCGCAUCGCGCUCCCCUUCCCCGCGCGAGGACGACCGCCGGUCCCCUUCCGGAGAGAGGCGCUCGGCCUCCCGUUCGAGAUCUCGUUCGCGGUCUAGAUCGGCUUCUCAGGAUUAGUACAGAACUUCACAUCGAGUCCCAGUCCUUGGCUGUACAACGCGAGCAGUGUGGACAUGCUGGUUUCUGCUUCCCGGAUUGUCCACAUCGGUCUUUAAAUCUUUCUUCUCGCUGCAGUAAGACAGGCUACACAGCCGACUGGUUUCCAAAUAGAUGUUCAAAUAAAGUAAUUUUGAUUUUUCCAGGGUUGUGCUUGUUGUAUGCAUUGCCCCCCCCCCCCCCCCCCCCCACCCCCAACAAAAUCCAAUCUUUAAUCCUUGUGGAGAAUGGGUCAGGUUUCCUUAGAACUUUAAUGCACCGUUGACAAAGCUGAUGUACAUCGCGGUCUCGCCAGAAAACAGUACUUAAGACAUUUCAGGAGCUUGUGUGUGAUUUUUCUUUCCUUAACUUCCUUUCCACAUAGAACUGUUAAGAGAAAUGCUUUUUUUUUUUUUUUUUUUUUUUUUUUAUUAUAUAAAUUCACCACAAAGGUGGCAGAAUGUUGUUACCUUUGAACUUAAAUACAGCUGAGUUGGGAAUGUAUACCUGUUGACUUAUUCUCCUUGUGUUUUUUUUUUCUCCCUUUCAUACUAGCAACUCAAAUUAUUAUUAUUUUUUUUAAUAUAAAAGGGUUGUGUGUUUAAUUAAAGGUCUUAAAACUCA